CAACUUGUAGCACACCACGCCUGACAGAAAAGCGCUCCAGUAUCCCUCCAACUUCGCUUUCCCCCUCCGAUCCUGUACGGGUACUGCGCCUGCUCUCUAGAGAGUGCGCUCCGUGUCCAAACCUCCCCGCAAUACCGACUCUUCAAGCAUAUACUCUUCAUCUUUUGCCCAAUAUGGCUUGGCAACCGCAGGAGGAGCCCUUGAGGCAGCUUGCCCAGUGUCUCCGCGAUUCGUUGAGCGGCCACGACAAGAACGCCCAGAAAAAUGCAGAGCUUCUGCUGAAGUCGGCAAAAGCGUCGCCGGACAUCGACAACUACCUCGCCUACCUAUUCUCCAACAGCCAACCCCCGCCUAUACUGAACAUGGGAGCCGAGCACUAUCACGCGGCGCGGAGUGCGGCAGCCAUCAUGCUGAAGAAUGAUAUAAGAACCUCUUACAAGACGAUACCCGAAUCCACAAAAGCCUACAUACGGUCAAUUAUACUGGUUGGUCUCCAGGACCCCAGCUCGCAGAUCCGGAAUUAUGCAGGAAACGUCAUCACGGAAGUCGUACGACAAGGCGGUAUCAUGGGAUGGCCGCAGAUUCUCUCCGAGCUCAUCUCAUUGGUUAGCAACGAGGCUGGAAACGUCCCACCGCAAGCUCAAGAAGGGGCUAUGAGCGCAUUGCUCAAGAUAUGCGAGGAUAACAAGCAUCAGCUCAAGCGGGAAUAUCAGGGACAGCGACCCAUAAACUUCAUCUUCCCCAAGCUGUUGGAGUUCACUGCUAGCCCAACCGCAAAAGUCCGGGCGAACGCUCUUGCGAGUAUCAACCUCUUCAUCCCCGAAAAACCUGCGUCUGUCAUCUCGAACCUAGACACAUUAUUACAACAGCUGUUCGUCCUAGCCGCCGACACCAGUGACGACGUCCGCAAGCAUGUGUGUCGGUCUUUCAUUCAGAUUGCGGACAUUGCCCCCGAAAAGAUUGUGCCCCAUAUGGCCGGACUCGUCGACUACAUGGUUACUCAGCAACGGAGUGUUGACAAUGCUGAACUGGCCUUGGAUGCUGCCGAGUUUUGGCUUUGUCUUGGAGAAGACGAAAACCUCCGGAACUGUCUUGGACCCUAUCUACCUAAGAUUGUUCCUGUACUACUCGAAAGCAUGGUCUAUAACGAGGACGACAUUCUUAAGCUAGAAGGCGGAGACGACGACGCCGAUCUGGAAGACCGGGAAGAAGAUAUCAAGCCAGCCUUUGCCACGUCCAAAGGCGCUCGCUUAGUCGCUGCAUCGAACGGAGAGGCUACGUCAGUCAACGGAUCCAGCAAAACAGCCGGCUUCGAUGACGACGAGCUAAGUGAGGGAGAGCUUGAGGAAUAUGACGAUGAUGAUGACUUGGUCGAUCCAGAAGAACAAUGGAACCUUAGGAAGUGCUCCGCCGCGGCACUUGAUGUCCUGGCAUCUGUGUUCCACGGACCGGUCUUCGCAGUCACGCUUCCAUACCUCACCGACAAUCUCAAUCACGCAGAAUGGCCUAACCGUGAGGCUGCCGUGUUAGCUCUUGGAGCCAUCGCGGAUGGCUGCAUGGACGAGGUUGUUCCACAUCUGCCUGUUUUGACUCAUUAUCUCGUCACACUACUCCAGGAUACCGAACCGGUGGUUCGGCAGAUAACAUGCUGGUCGCUCGGACGAUACUCAGGAUGGGCAUCCCACCUAGACGAAGCAGGCAAGAGAGCCCAUUUCGAACCCAUGAUGGACGGAAUUCUAAAGCGAAUGCUGGACGGCAACAAGCGUGUUCAGGAGGCAGCUGCGUCGGCCUUUGCUAACCUCGAGGAGAAGGCGAAUGUCGAACUGAAAGAAUACUGUGCAGUGAUAGUCCGGCAGUUUGUCGACUGCUUCGCGAGGUACAAGGACCGUAACAUGUUCAUCUUGUACGACUGCGUUCAGACUCUGGCUGAGCAUGUUGGGCCGGCCCUGGCAAAACCGGAGCUUGUCAGCAUCCUAAUGCCAGCCCUCAUCCAGCGCUGGAACAAAGUAUCCAACCAGUCAAGGGAGAUGUUUCCAUUACUGGAAUGCCUCUCAUACGUUGCGACUGCUCUUGGCGAUUCUUUCGCGCCCUUUGCAAGCCCAAUAUUCACUAGGUGUAUAAACAUCAUCGCGACAAAUCUCGAAGAAAACUACAUGGCGAGCACGAAUCCAUCCAUGGAUCAGCCAGAGAAAGACUUCUUGGUGACGAGUCUGGACCUCCUCAGCGCGAUCAUCCAAGCCUUGGACGAGCGGAAAAGCACUGAGUUGGUCACAGCAUCACAGCCGAACUUCUUCGAACUGUUAACUUGGUGUAUGAAGGACACGAACAAUGAUGUUCGACAGUCGGCAUAUGCGCUGCUGGGCGAUUGUGCUAUAUACGUUUUCCCUCAGCUCCAGCCAUUUCUUCCGACUAUCUUGGAGGUUCUCCUCGAACAGCUUGAUAUCACACAAGCUCUGGUGACGGGCGACGACACGAGUUACUCUGUGAUCAACAACGCAUGCUGGUCUGUAGGCGAGAUCUCGAUGCGGCAACGGGAGGGUAUGGCGCCGUAUGUCGACCGGCUACUCCAAAAGCUCGCCACGAUUCUUUUCAACGAUAAGGUGCCGGAAUCACUCAACGAGAACGCAGCAAUUGCCCUCGGGAGGCUUGGUAUCGGCAGCUCAGAAGCGCUGGCACCGCAUCUCGGGACAUUUGCGCCACCGUUCAUCCAGGCGAUACGAAAAGUAUUGUGGACAGAUGAAAAGGGGCAUGCGCUGGAGGGAUUUAACAAGAUGAUCCUCUGCAACCCAGCCGCCAUGGAACAGUGUCUCCUAGACUUUUUCCUCGAGAUGGCGAGCGCGACACCGAGUUUCAUUGCUGGACCGUCAGCGGGUCAGGGGCUCCGCGAAGUAUUCAAAGAGGUGCUGGUCCGCUACAAGGCAAUGAUACCAGCAUUCGACGAAUUCCUCCACAACCUGCCGGCUGAUAAGGAGCACAACCUACGAUCGUGGUCCAACUUGUGAAUAAUCCCCUUACUCGGGCUUGGUGCAUUCGGCGUACUGUUUCCUGGGAGCGGCAUGAUGC